CGGUUACCAUCUAUCCGGAGUUACCUUCCCAAACCCACCUACUCCUUCACCCGCUAGCUGGAGGCUUGGAAGAUUCGGUAUCUUGAUUUGUGAGGCUCUUAUUACGCCUUCUCAUCUCCCAUCUUCUUCAUCACAUUUGCCUUCCUACCCAAAUCACCAUUCAAACCCCAAACCACAAUUAAACUCCCCCACUUCCCCAUUAAUUCAAGAAUUAGUACCCAGAAAGUGAGCUUGCUUUAUAGGCUUAUUAACAUUUCCUUUCAGUCCAUGGCUGCUACUCCCACCAUCUCUGCAGCUGCUUCUUUCAACGGUGGAUUCUCCUCCACAGUCGGCGGCGAGAGUUACGCCGCCCUUGCCCGGAAAAUGCCUGUAGCUGUCCGGGUCUCAAGGCCUGUCAGGGCACAGCCAAUGAUGAAGAAUGUUAAUGAAGGGAAAGGGAUUUUUGCUCCUAUCGUAGUUCUUGCUAGGGACAUUGUCGGCAAGAAAAGAUUCAACCAACUUAGAGGCAAAGCCAUUGCUUUACAUUCACAGGUCAUUACAGAGUUCUGCAAAUCAAUAGGAGCGGAUCAGAAGCAGAGACAAGGAUUGAUUCGGCUAGCAAAAAAGAACGGGGAAAGGCUUGGGUUCUUGGCAUGAGUGCAUUCCAUGUUUCUCUAUGUAUAAUUGGUCAGAAUGAUCUCAGAAGCUUUGUAUUUACUUUAAGAUGAUUUCAGGAAGAAUAUACAUUAUGUAUGCAUUCCAUAGGAACCGACCUUUACAUCUCUAAUCCCAUGAUUAGGCCAAAAAUGAUUUGAUUAAAAAAAACCAAACACAGGAUUGAUAUGUCAAUUUUUGC